AUGACUUCCGAGCCCAAGCUCUUUGACUUGAAUACCCUGACUUCACCUCCUACCACUGCGCAUGGUCACAACAGCUCCACGUUCCAUCCUCCGCCCAUCGUAGGGACGUUAUGCGUCCCCGAGCUCUUCGAGUAUCAUGCACAACACAGUCCGGAGCACCCAUUGUUUGUGUACGCAGAUAGUACCGCUCGAUCUCUCGACGGUAACGACGGUCAUACCGGUGAUUCGGACGCCCAAUUAAGGACCAUCAAGUACCCCGAGGCUUGGCGUAUGAUUCUCAGAGCUGCCAGGAUCGUCAAAGGCCACUACGCACGGUUCGAGGACAAGUAUGCGCUGCAGGAUCGAAGUCUUGGAGUCUACGGCAUGCCACAAGAUGUUCCGCCUGCUAUCGGAAUACUAGCAAACGCAGACUCGAUCAGUUUCUUCUGCACCAUCGUUGGCACCAUGCGCCUCGGACUCACCCCCUUCCCGCUCUCGGUCCGAAACUCACCUGUCGCCGUAGCGCACCUGAUCAAGAAGACGCAACUCCUUCAGGUUUUUGUUUCUCCGGACCCGGCCAUGCAGAGGCUCGUGGCAGAGGCUAGGGAUAUUUUAAAGAGGGAUGGUCUCGACAUUGAGGUCAUGGAUAUGAUCCGGUUCGAAGACUUGCAGGAUAAGCUUGAAGGUACUGGGGUCGAUGAUGUGGCGAGGCUGACGGAGGAGCUGAAGCUCCAGAAGGUCAAUAUGAACGAUACAGCGGUUAUAAUACAUUCUUCUGGGACGACAUCGUUUCCCAAGGCCGUCUACCUCUCCCAUAGGGUGAUAGCGCAGUCAUGGUGCAAGGACCCAUUGUACUGGCAGCGCGAUAUGUGCGGUACCAUAAUGACUCUGCAAGCAUGCCCUCUUUACCACGGCAUGGGAAUGGUCAGCAUCUUUUGGACUUGCGUGUCUGGCUUGAUCAUGGCCGUCUUCAAGCCUGCGUCUCCACCGACCAUCGCCACUCCGGAAGCGUUCAUGGCGGAUAUUAUCCGAACGAAAAGCGAGGUCGUGUUUUCCGUGCCUUCAUUCAUCGAGGCUUGGGCGCAAGACCUUUCAAAUUUCAAGGCCAUGAAGUCAGUGCACACGAUCACCUAUGGGGGAGCUCCCAUGGAGAAAUCCGUCGGUGACGAGAUCGUCAAGCUUGGGCUUGACCUGUACUCUAUCUUCGGAUUGACGGAAGCGGGUUUCGUCAACAUAUGUUUUCCGUCAGAGCAUUCCAACCUCGAUACCUGGGAAUGGUUCGAAUUCUCGUCGCGCGUACAGAUAGAGCUUUUGCCGCAGGAAGAAGACCAAGAGGGCGCCGGCGACUUGUUCGAGCUUUGUUUCAUUGACACCCCUGGUAGCGGAUUGGCUGUGACGAAUGCUUCGUCGGGUAACGGGAGACCUAUGUACAGGACCUUUGAUAUUGUACAGCGGCACCCGACUUACCCACAGAAGUGGAGGAUCUAUGGUCGGGCGGAUGAUCAGAUAAUGCUGUCCACUGGCGAGAAGACUAAUCCCGGACCACUCGAGUCGAUCCUAGUACGGGAUCCUCACGUAGCAGCAGCUAUCAUGUUUGGCAGAGGACAGAUCCAGAACGGCGUCUUGGUACAUCCAAAGCCAGAACACGUCUUCGAUCCGACAGACGAGAAGAAGCUUAUAGAAUUCCGGAACCUGAUUUGGCCUACUGUCGAGAAGAUGAACGAGUUCGCACCGGCGCAUUCCAAACUAUUCAAGGAGAUGAUCAUUGUCUCUACGCCAUCGAAGCCAUUUGAGUAUAAUUCCAAGGGCAACCCUAGGCGCCACUUCCUGAUCAACGAGUACGAACCAGAAAUACAGGCUUUAUACGCCACAGUCAAGGAAUUAUCCCAGCCGGACAUCGCUGCACCUGAGGAGUGGGACGAAGAAUCCGUAUUAUUAUUCGUGAGCCGCGUAGUGACCAAGGUGAUGGAGAUUGAGAUAGCGGAUAGUGCGGAUUUAUUCCUAGAGGGAUGUGACAGUCUGAAAGCAACGUAUAUUCGCAACGCUAUCAUGCACGCCGUUCGACAGCCUCUGGCACAAGCUGGCUCUCGCGCUCGACUUCCAAACAACUUUGUCUAUACCAACCCGACCAUCUCCGCCCUCUCCUCCUUCAUCGUGGCUCUCUUUGGUACUGACAGCGAGCAGGACUCGGGUCAGAAAAGCGAACGCGAAGCAAAGGGUAUGCUCGCCAUGGUCGAGAAGUAUAGUGCUGAGUUUCCCGUGCACAAACCUCAUGGCGCACCAGCCGCGAAGACGGUCGACGAAAUCGUGCUAGUCUCGGGGACCUCUGGACGACUUGGUGCUCAUCUUUUGGCACAGUUACUUACGAGGCCUUCGGUAGUAAGGGUGUAUGCUGUGAACCGCCCGUCUCGGGAGGGUGCCUUGCAGAGGCAGAGGAGCGUCUUCGAGAAUUGGGAGUUGGAUACGAAGUUGCUUGAGUGCGGAAAAAUGGUACUACUCGAGGCUGAUUUUAGUAAGCCUGAUUUCGGUGUUGGGAAAGAUAUGUAUUGCGAGAUCCGCGAUUCUGUUACAAGCAUCAUCCAUAAUGCCUGGCGCGUCGACUUCAACGUGGCCUUGUCUGGAUUCGAGCCUCUCAUAAGCGGUGUACGGAACUUGAUCGACCUAUCUCUCAACUCACCCCGCCCUUCUCCGCCUCCCAUCGUAUUCACCAGCUCCAUCUCUGUUAUCAUAGGUUCUCCAAUCGUCCCAGUUCCCGAAAUACCUUUCACAGACCCGCAGAUAGCCAAUUUCUCUGGAUAUAGUCGGAGUAAAUGGGUGGUCGAGACUCUUCUUUUGAAGGCAAAGCAAGAGCGCGCUUUGUGCGUGAACGUGGUCCGCGUUGGACAGAUGUCGGGUGAUACGAAGAUCGGAGGAUGGAACGAGAAGGAAUGGGUACCCGUCAUGUUGCGAGGUUCCCAGACGUUGGGUGAUGUCCCCGAUCGACCUGAGGACACCAUGUCGUGGAUCCCCGUCGAUACAGCCGCUUCAGCUCUCAUCGACUUCAUCGGGAGCCCCGAAUCCGUCCUACACCUCGUUCAUCCAUACCCAGUCCCAUGGGCCGUCCUUUCUUCAACGGCUUCCGAACUCCUCAAAGUCCCCAUCGUGCCCUUCAGCGAGUGGAUGUCCACGCUUCGCGAUGCCGCCACACAAGACCAGAGUUCAACCGGUGGUGAAUCGCAGGCUCAGAAGCUAGUUGAAAAUCCAGCACUGAAGAUCUUUGACUUUUUCGAGAAAGGGAUGGCGGAGAUUAGCGAGCUUGCGAUCGCGACGGACAAGGCGGUUGAGGCGUCGAGGAGUUUGAAGGAGGCUCGGGUACUGAGGAGGGAGGAUGUGGAGAGGUGGGUGGGUUAUUGGAGGAAGAUCGGGUUUUUGAAGGAUUGA